AUGGUUACGUUUUUCGGAACAAUCGAAGCCCUCUAUGUCUUCUUCGCUCGUUCCACACAGCGCUGGGAAAAACUAAAAAAUGCCGUUCCUGUGGUUUUAAAGUCGGAGUCCAAAACUAGGUGGAGUGCAAGGGUAGAAGCUGUGAAGCCCGUCAGUAAGUACAUUGAAGAAAUACUUCCGGUUCUUCAGGCCAUGAUAGAUGAUGAGAGCGAGAACAGUGACACAAGAAGUGAUGCAGGACAGCUUUACACAAGCUUGUUGAAUUACAGAGUCCUAACUUUGUUAGGAUUUUGGAACAAAGUCCUCAUUUCAAUUGACCGAGUUCAAAAGAGGCUACAGGACCCUAAAAUGAACUUCCACGAUGCCGCCCUGGAUUUGAAAGGUCUCAGAAAUCAUUUUUAUGCCGAAAGAGAAGCUUUAGUCACUGAAUCACUGAAUGAAGGAUUCGCUCUCUGUCAAAAAUGGAAUGUUGAGGUUGAGAGACGUCAAAGACGAAAGAAACGGAUGCCCGACGAGAGCUCGAGAGAUGCCGGAUUAACCGCUAGACAAGAAAUGGAGAAAGUCAUGAAGGAAUCACUCGACCGUCUUCACGUGGAAAUGGACGAAAGGUUCACUCUGUUGCAAGAUGCCGAUUCAAAGUUCGGGUUCCCUCUAGACGUCAACGCACUGUGUUACGAUGUUGACAAUAGCGACUUAAAAAACAAGUGCAGAAAUUUGGGCGAAAGCUACAGCUGUGAUAUUGAUGGGCAGCAGCUUUAUGAAGAAAUUUUAGAUUGCAGAAUGUUGCUUUUGACUCGUACUGCGAAAAUUUCAAGACCCGAAGAGCUUCUCGAUUUCAUCGUACAGUAUGGAGAUGAGAGCGUUUUCCCCAAUCUGCGCAUUGCGACACAAAUAAUGCUAACCAUUUCAGUUUCCAUUGCCAGCUGUGAGAGAUCAUUCAGCAAGUUAAAACUGAUUCUUUCCUACUUAAGAGCAUCUAUGGGCCAAGACAGACUGAAUGAUUUUGCCCUCUUAAGUGUGGAGAGAGAAGAAGUGGAAAAAGCUAACUUUGAGGACAUCAUAGACAAGUUGCAGCAAUGA